AUGCUGCUAUUCAAUUCCUCUCUCUUAUGUUCAUCUUCUUCCCCAACAACGGUUACUCUCUCUCCACCAAAAUCACCAACCUCUAAACCCCUUAUCCUGCGCACACCCUGCUUUAUCCUGCGCCACUAUUUCCAACAGCCACUCCCUUGUUCUCCCCUCUUCGCCAAAACCACCCUCACACAGCAGCACGUGUACCCUGACCCAAUCCCCGAAUUCGCUGAAUAUGAGACACGCAAAUUCAAAGUUGAGCUCCUGCAGAAGCUUUCGGAGGAUGUAGACGACUUCGGCGAUGAACUUGAUGCGGUUGUUGACGUUUGUGUUCAGAUAUUUAGCAAGUUUUUGCACAAGGAGUAUGGAGGUCCUGGGACAUUGUUGGUGACGCCAUUCACGGAUAUGUUGGUUGCUUUAAAGAAGAAAAAACUACCAGGAGCACCUCUGGCUGCUAGAGCAUCACUAUUAUGGGCACAAAAUUAUGUUGAUGAAGAUUGGAAAAUUUGGAACUCAAAACUAAAAUGA